AUGGCGUCGCAACACAACUACAAUAACGACUGCUAUGACCCGCGUAAUUAUGACUCCGCUUCCGUUCCUGUUAACCAGUCGAUCCCCUUGCAAGACCUCUCGAGACCCCCAGAUAUUGUGACACGAGAUGGACCAGAGCAGCGACGCAGAAGAACGAGCAGCAGCAGCAGCACUGCGGGACCCGAGGGAUUUCCUGUCCAGAGAACGUCGAUAAUAGGGCGCAGGGGCAUUGGGAGGAGAUAUGAACGGAUAGCGGAGGAUUCUCCCGGUCCGACGGGGCGGGGCGGGAUGGAUAAUUUCCAGACCGUCAAUUUGUCCCACGAUCAUCUUCAUCAUAAUUCCCCUAUACCCCAUGCUGAUGAUGACGAGCCGUAUACACACAACAGUUUUCAGGAAGCCGUAGGCUCCAUUGGAUUGGCCUUCGAUGGGCCAUCACUUUCGCAUUUCUCGGGCCAGGAUUCAGCUCAACAACGCUCUCACCAGGCUAAUGUGAGGGAAUCUGAUGACAUGACACCCUUUCCCUAUAUGGGCAGCCAUAUGCCCAACGACGAGGAACUUUACAUGUCCCCGACUGAUACGAACGAAAAUGACACUACCCCACUUACAGAUCAGAGAUAUCAACAACCCAUUGACGGCGUUUCCGCCUCGCAUGGCCAGCGACAUGACAGGCCUAGCGCGCACUUCGCUAAAGAGCCGACAGUCGCUGGGACACAUCUGGGCGAUGAUCUACCACACUUGGAAGAAGGGAAUAAUAGGAUACGUAGUGGCUCCAGCAGCCCGAAUUUUCCAGGUCGUAGGACACGUCAGCUCUCACCUGCUCCCAAUUCCGCACUAUCAAGAGCGGGCUCGAUGAUGAAAAUGAUGUCGCAACGUGUGGUGAAUAUUAGUCAUGAACCGGAGAUCAUUGAGCAAUCGCUUCGGAACAAAUCAUCGCUUAAGAAUGCCCGACUCGAGGCUCCGCCGUCGCUACCUGCAAUGACGGAGUACGCCCAUGACAUAUCGACGCCGGGGCUAGAGGACGAUUUUUCACCUGAAAAGCGCCCAUCGCUUUUCUCCAAACUACGAAACCCAGAUGCGUAUCAGAAAGAGGAAAACCCGCUCAAAGGCAAUUCAUUGGGUAUCUUCACUCCGAACAAUCGACUACGGAGAGGGUUGCUGGAGAUCCUCAUCCACCCCUCAAUAGAGCCGAUAAUUCUCGUCCUCAUUAUCGUCCAGACAGUAUUACUAGCUAUUGAAUCCUCGGUAUACAAAGACGAACGGGGGAGUCGCUGGGGGAAUCCCCCAUUCGACUACGCGUUCCUCGUCCUCUUUAUCAUUUAUACGCUCGAGAUCAGCGCAAGGAUCAUUGUCUCCGGACUUAUAUUUAAUGCAGAUGAAUAUAGUACCUUGGAUCGAUCACUUGGUUUAAGAAAAGCUUUGGUCGCAAAGGGGAAGGAUCUUUUGAUGCCACAGCGACAGCUUUCUAAAAGGCACUCGAGCGAGCCGGUCGAACCUCAAGUAUCCAUUUUAAGGUCGUUCACGGGUAUUCAAAACACAACGGACCCGUCUGGGGAUGCUAACUCCCUGCAGCGAUUCCGUCUUGCUCGCCGGGCAUUUUUUCGUCAUUCCUUCACCAGGAUAGAUUUUCUUGCUGUUGUAUCAUACUGGAUAUCUUUUGUCUUGUCAAACUUAUCUCUUGAGUCGGGGCAUCAUCUUUAUGUUUUCCGAAUGCUGAGCUGCCUUCGAAUUCUGAGACUUUUGGGUCUCACUAAUGGUACUUCGGUCAUUUUCCGAAGUUUGAAAAAAGCUGCCCCCCUACUGGUCCAUGUUGCUUUUCUCAUUGGUUUUUUCUGGCUCUUGUUCGCCAUUGUAGGCGUCCAAAGCUUCAAGUCCAGCAUGCGCAGGACUUGCGUCUGGGUUGAUCCCGAGAACCAAAAUAACUUUACUUUGAAUUCUGCGCCUGAUAAAAUCCAAUUCUGCGGGGGUUACCGUGAGGUUGGCACAGGUGCCAGUAAGCCCUGGAUUUUGCCUGAUGGACGAGCAGGCGCGGUCGAUGCAAAGGGUUACCUUUGCCCUGAGGGUUCCCUCUGUGUGCAAGGCAGCAACCCUUAUGGCGGAACUAUCAGCUUUGACAAUGUCGCCCAUUCCCUGCAGCUCGUUUUCGUAGUCAUGAGCUCAAACACUUUUACCGACAUCCUUUACUACAUGACUGAUACUGACUUCCUUGGCGCUGCUUUGUUUUUCGUCGUCUCGUUUGUCAUCCUCAGUUUGUGGCUGGUCAACUUAUUAGUUGCUGUCAUCACCUCGUCAUUCCAAGUUAUUCGGGAAGAAAGCAGGCGCAGCGCAUUUGCCACUGAACAGAUUGACGAGAGAGAGUUCGUGGAUGAUACCCCUCGCAAGCUUCGUGGACUGAAACUUUUCUAUGAUCGAACUUACUGGCUGUGGAUUACUGUGAUUGGAUUCGGUCUUGUAGUUCAGUGUCUCAGAAGUUCCUCCAUGGGGCAUGCCCGGCGACAACUUAUCGACAGGACUGAAAUAUUUGUCACCAUUAUUCUUGCUGUUGAAAUAUGCCUUCGAUUUGCUUCUGACUGGAGGAACUUCUUUAGAGACGCCCGUAAUUGUGUUGACUUGGCGCAUGCGAUCAUUACCUGCAUCAUUCUAAUACCGCCAAUACGAUAUUCCAGUCGAGCAUACGCCUCACUCUCAAUAUUUCAGGUACUGCGUAUAUAUCGCAUCGUUCUUGCGUUCUCCGUGAUGAGCGAUUUGAUCAAGACGGUAUUCAAGAACGUAGUUGGCUUGCUCAACCUCAUUAUCUUCGUGUUUCUCAUUACAUUUUUGGCCUCAAUAUUCGCUGUCCAGUUAUUCCGGGGCCAGAUACCUUCGCAGGAUAUGGAUGGGAAUGAUGUACAGAUAACUUUUUUCGACAUAUACAACUCAUUUUUGGGAAUGUAUCAAAUACUUUCCAGCGAGAACUGGACGUCGAUAUUAUACUCAGCAGUCCAAUCUACCUAUCCGUGGAACACAGGCUGGAUCUCAGCUAUUUUCUUGAUUAUGUGGUUCAUUCUGGCUAACUUUGUUGUCCUGAACAUGUUCAUUGCUGUUAUCCAGGAGAGCUUUGAUGUGUCUGAGGACGAGAAGCGGAUUCAGCAGGUGAAGGCUUUCUUACAACAGAAGCAGCUCAGUGGGUCUUCUCAGGGCAAUCUUUCACUCUCAACUAUAUUUAGACUUGGUCGCAAUUCUCAACGAUACCGAGAUCCACUCGAUCAUGGCCCUGCGGCGCUUGAAAUGUUACUGAAGGAUGCUGUCGUCAACGAGUUUCUCGAUGAGCAGCCGCCGCGAUCGCCACCUGCAGAUAUCCCGCCAACGGAGACCCAACCCAGCCAUCCUAAACAUACUAACGGCACUACCAACAUUUUCAUCUCACUGAAAAACCGGAUCAUGGACCGAGAACCCAAUCCUUUCUAUUCAAAACUGAAAUUUUCCAAAGUUUAUGACGACUCAGAUCCAACUGCAAUGGCUAAAGAGGUUCUCUCUGCGUCGGAGCAACGGAAGCGUGCACAACGACAGUACCUCCAAAAAUAUCCUAAUUAUAAUGUCUCGUUGUAUAUCUUUAAGCCCACACAUCCUUUACGACGAUUAUGCCAGAGAAUUGUUGGACCGGGUCGAGGGAGCAGUCGUUUCGAGGGGGUAGAUCCUUACAAGCCAGUGUGGUAUACCUUUUCAGCAUUCCUUUAUGCGGCGAUCGUCGCCAUGGUUUUGCUUGCUUGCGUAUCUUCACCCCUUUAUCAACGAAAUUAUCUCCAGACUCAUAAACCUGGUCUCAGUAACUGGUUCGUCUGGACAGAUUUAACUUUUGCAAUUCUUUUCACUAUUGAGGCCGUGAUAAAGGUUAUUGCAGAUGGCUUUUUUUGGACACCAAAUGCAUACUUUCGAGGCUCUUGGGGUUUAAUUGACGGGGUCGUGCUGGUUACGCUGUGGAUCAACGUUGUAUCGGCAAUAUUUAACGCUACUGCCACAUCGCGUGUUGUGGGUGCGUUCAAGGCUCUUCGAGCUUUGAGGUUGCUAAAUGUCAGUGACAGUGCGAGAGAAACUUUCCACGCCGUGAUUAUAUUGGGUGGGUGGAAGGUUAUUUCUGCGGCAUUUGUGUCAAUGAGUUUCCUGGUCCCAUUCGCUAUCUACGGCUUGAAUCUAUUCAACGGGCAGCUCAAAUCUUGCAACGAUGAUAACUUUGGGCACAGCUCAUUGGACCACUGUGUGGGCGAAUAUAUGAGCUCCCCAUAUGCAUGGGAUGUUUUGGCACCGCGGGCGGUUUCGAAUCCGUAUUACAGUUUCGACAAUUUCGGGGAAUCACUCUUCAUUCUUUUCCAAAUUGUGUCCCAAGAAGGCUGGACUGGUGUCUUAUGGCAAUCGAUGGCAAUAACUGGAGUAAACCAACAACCUGAACCCCUUGCAUCUCAAGAAAAUGGCCUUUUCUUCAUCGUUUUCAACUUGCUCGGCGCUGUCUUCGUGUUGACACUGUUCGUCUCCGUCUUUAUGCGAAACUACACUGAACAGACCGGGGUAGCAUUCUUGACUGCUGAGCAGCGAUCUUGGCUGGAACUUCGCAAACAUCUACGACAAAUAUCACCUUCCAAACGGUCCAUUGACAAGGAUAGCAGCAAAAUCAAAUCGUGGUGUUACAAAAUUGCAGUCAAAAAACACGGACGCUGGUCAAGGUUUAUCACUGCCCUUCUAUUAUUCCAUCUGCUUCUCCUAGUUCUUGAAUUCUACCCUGAAUCUGUCUGGUGGGAUAGAACUCGAGCUUUGUUGAUGAUUCCUCGGAAUAGCGAGCUCGAUCAGCUAUUCAAGACCGCUGCUUCCAGUCUGACGGCCAUUGGCAACCUUCUGGCAACCUGGUUUGUUCUUUUCCUUGUCUAUGCAAUUGCCCUCACUCAGAUAUUUGGCCUUACCAAGUUUGGGAAGGGGGAAAAUGGCAAUAUCAAUUUCAGAGAUGUUCCAAGGGCACUUGUUCUUCUUUUCCGUACAAGUGCUGGAGAGGGUUGGAACGAGAUAAUGGAAGAUUUUGCUACCAUGGCGCCACCUUACUGCACAGCCGAGGGACGGUUCUUUGAGAGCGACUGCGGUAGUGCCGUUUGGGCCCGCGUUCUUUUUAUUUCCUGGAAUAUUCUUAGCAUGUACAUUUUUGUAUCUCUCUUCGUAUCGCUUAUUUUCGAGAGUUUUUCCUAUGUCUACCAACGAAGCAGCGGGCUGUAUGCAAUCAGCAGAGAGGAGAUCCGGCGUUUCAAACAAGCAUGGGCUACCUACGAUCCUGAUGGAACUGGAUAUAUCUCUAAGGAAGCUUUUCCGAGGUUGCUAGGGGAGCUAUCUGGCAUAUUUGAGAUGCGCAUCUACGACGGUGACUUCACAGUUGGCCGUAUCGUGGAAGACUGCAAAGUUAAUCGCAGGGAAUCAAGUCAGACGCCAUAUGUACGAGCCAUUGAUGGAAUUGACUUGGACAAGUUGCAACGUAGGAUUGAUCGUAUCCCCGUCCAGCAAAUCCGCAGAAAGCGCGCUCGCAUGAAUGCUUUUUAUGAAGAAGUCCUCGUUUCGGCAGACCCUGAAAGAGGCAUUUCCUUCACUUCUUGCCUGAUGAUUCUUGCUCAUUACAAUGUGAUCACUGAUAGUAAGAGUUUGAGACUCGAAGAAUUCCUCCGUCGCCGAGCUCGCCUCCAGCGCGUUGAAGAAGCUGUCCGACGAAACGUAGUGAUUGGUUUUUUUGACACAUUGUAUUGGUCCCGAAAAUUCCGUCGCCGCUAUGAACCUGAUCAUGACUGCCGCCUCGGCUCUGUGCCACAAUUUGCUGUUCCGGAAAUUUUUGUGGAAGAUGGCGAGCCAAGAUGA